GCCUGUUAGGACAUGGGCAUGGCAGACAGUUCCUCUUGUCACAGAGCAAGGCGUGUUCGAUAAAUCUUUUACCCAGGAUACUGCAGACAAUUGGUUCCAAAGUUCAAGGGUAAGAAAAAACCAGGAGCACAGAGCGGAGGAGUGGAGCGCCAGAGGAGGACGAGUGUCAGGGUGAUUCAUUUGGGAAAUUAGAAAGAAUUCAGUCAUUGGUGUCGACAGGAAUAAAGACAGUCAAGACAAAACAUGGCCGACAGCACGAGUCCCAAAGGAAACUCUGGGGACUUUGCAAAGAAAGUCCAGAGACGCCUGAGCAGAGGCAAAGAGAAGGUUCUGCAAAAGCUUGGAAAAGCUGAGGAGACCAGAGAUGAACAGUUUGAACAUUAUCACCAGUUGUUUAGUGACCAGCAGGCUGAUGGGAACCGGAUACACAAAGACCUGAGGAGCUACAUCAACGCAGUCAGAGACAUGCGUGAAGCAUCGAGGCGUCUUUCCCAGUCGCUGUUUGAUGCCUAUGAAAACGACUGGGCCGGAGAGGAGGACCUGGGCUCCAUCGUAGAGGGCGAGGAUCUCCUGUGGAACGACUACGAGGUGAAGCUGCUGGACCAGGCUGUGCGCACCAUGGAGUCCUACUCGGGCCAGUUCCCAGAUGUCAAGGAGAAAGUUGCAAAGAGGGGAAGAAAACUGGUCGACUACGACUCUUCCCGUCACCACCUGGAGGCGCUGCAGGCUGCAAAGAAGAGGGAUGACGUCAAGAUAAACAAGGCAGAGGAGGAGAUGAUUUAUGCCAAAAGUGUCUAUGAGAGCUUCAACAAUGAGCUAAAGGAAGAGAUGCCUGUGCUCUACGACAGCCGCGUCGGAUGCUACGUGGCUGUCUUCUCUGCCGUGUCAAAUUUACGAGACAUCUUCUAUAAGGAAAUGAGCACGCUCAAUAUUGAUCUGCAGAAUGUGAUAAAGGAUCUGCAGGCUCAGCAUCCAGAGAAAGUGUUCGCCGUGAAGGGGAUACAGCGUUACGGAUCCUUGAGAAGACGAACCCUGAUCUCCCCAAAGGCCUGGAAAGCCAGCUUCUCUGAGUUUCACAAGAGCUACACUCCGAAACCUGGGCAAAAGUUUGGUCUCAGGUCCCCAGACAAACCUCGCCGCAGCACUUUGACCAGAGAGGGCAGCACCCUGUCCAGAGAGGGCAGCACCCUGUCCAGAGAGGGAAGCACCCUGUCCAGAGAGAGCAGCACCCUCACUGUCAACCCACAACUACCAUCUCUGGAAAACCCUGACGCUGAAUCCGAGGACCUGGACCUGGAAUCAAGCCUCAGUGAGAGCCAGACUUCUCCUGCAAAGGACCAGAAGUCCGGAGAAGACAGCAAUCCAGAGGAGAAGGAGAAGGGAGAGAGAGAAGUCAAGUCUGAGCUGGAGCCUCCUGCAGAAUCUGAUGUUAAAGGAGAUGGUGAGGAAGCUCCGGCGAGUGACAGCAGCUCAGAACUGAACAACUCCUGUGAUUCUGAGAGCCUGGAGCUGCAGCUGUCGGCGGCUGACACCGGCCCGCUGCACAUUGAAGAGAGAGAAGACAGCCCGGUGAUCCUCAGCACUCUGAAAUCAAAUGGACUGGAGAACCGAGAAGUUUCUGGACUCAACUCGGACACCAAGGACCUGGGCUCUCCUCACAAGGACGCGGCUGCAGACACUCAGACGUCCCAUGAUCCCAAAAGCACAGAGGUUUAGAGUUUCCACAUUUUGAUAUGAGGUUUGUGUGUUUUUCCCUCGAACAGUCUCUCAUAUUCUAUGUUUUUCUGAGUUUUUUUUCAUAAAUCUGUGUUUGCCUGAAUAGGAAAGCACAAAGGAGCUCAAAGUCAACAGCUGCACAAGAGGAAAAAUGUGGAGUCAGCUGCACUGAAACGCCAACGAGCAAAACGACUGAUGUUCUGUGCAGAACUUGCUUUUAGUUUUUUUAUUUAUCUUUUAUUGAAAUCAGUUGUGAAUACAUUUGGUUUUACUGUAAUUACCCUAAAGAGAUUUAUUGUAUACGCACCCAUUGCAUUAUAUCCUGUGCUGACAGGUACAGGUAGUUUGUCUUAUAUUCCAAAGAUAAAUGUACUAUUAGUUUUACAUUGUUCAAAUUUUCUGUUUCAGUUUGACUUAGAGGUUUGAUUCUUUCUACUCACUCCCAUUGGGAAUCCAUCAAUUAUCCAGUUUAUUUAAUUAUUUUAUGCACAUUUUAAGCUAAGAUAUAUGUGAAUUAAU